AUGCAAGACAUAAGAAAAUUUCAUGACGAAUUUCAUGCAAAUAGAAAUAAGAUAGAGCAAGACAAGUUCAUUUUGAAACAUACGUCACAAAGGCAGCCAAAAAACGCCGUCCUACAAAGGAGAGACGUCCUAAUUCAGUCACUGUCUCCUACUUUAUUAAAACUAAAGAUGGUCAACGGGAAAUUUGAAGCAAAGCUUUUCUUUCUAUUCUCAAUAUUUCAAGAUUUAGAGUCCAAAGUGUGUGUAGGCACUAUCUCGCCCAGGGUACUCAGCAGAAAGAAAAUAGAGGUGGCGACAAAAGAAGCAGACAUUUUUUGA